GAUUUUCGUUUGUGCGGUUGUCGUAUUUGGGCGACGCUAUUGAAGCUGUCGUCGACUCUUUGGCUUGCGAUUAUCGCCAUUUUACUUUAUUUGACCGAGGAAAACGCAGAUCGGUGGUUGUUUUGGUGUUGAUAGUUCGUGCAAAAAUUUCAAACAUGACUCGAGGAAGGUCGGAAACAACCACAAAGGUUUUUGUGGGAAGCUUGCCCGCGGGCGUCACUCCGGAAGACUUACGCAAACUGUUCGCCCCUUACGGUGCGAUUGCCGAGUGUGACAUAUCAAAUAGAUGUGGUUUUCUACAUCUCGAAGAUGCUGAAUUGGCAAUGAAAGCCAUCACUGAACUCAAUGGGACAGAAUUUAUGGGUGGUAGAAUUUCUGUCGAAAAAGGACGUGUUAAACCCAGACGUGGUAGUAAUGGUGGAGGCGUUGGACCUGCACGUGGUGGUAGAGAUCGCGGAGGCCCCUAUUCAAGGGGUGGAAGAGAAUUUAGGGGUCCACCUCGAGGAGCACCAGGUGCUUAUGGUGUAGCUCGGGAGUACCCACAAUACGAUCGAUUUGGAGGUGGUGAAGACCGUUAUGGCGGACCGCCGCCGCCAAGAACCGGUUACGAGAGAGCGUAUGGAGCGCCACCUGCCGCACGGAGCGUCGGUGGAUAUCCGCCGGAAAGAGGUUACGGUGAGAGCGCCGAUAUGGGCUAUGGCGCAGCGGCCGGAUAUGGUACCGGCUACGAUGACGGUUACGAUGCCAGAAGGGCCAUUCCGUAUGAUGAUAGAAGGGCCGCAGGUCCGCCGGCUCCCCCAAGACCUCCUGCUAUGGACGCGGGGGCCAACAGAGGUGCUGCGGAUUUAUUCAGCAGACGGGAUGCGGGUCCGAAACCACCAAUGGCUGCCGGAUACGACACGACAAGAUACGGAGCGGGCGCAAACGGCUACGGUACGGCUACGGCUACGGCUGCCGCCAAUUACGGCCCGUCCGCGGGAUACAGUACUGCCGCGCCUCCGGCACAAGCCGCUUACGGAGCCGGUUACGCAGCCGCGGCCCCUCCUACCGGCCCGGUCGGCUACGCGACCAGAGACGAUUACGGCGCCGCCGCGGCCGAUCCGUCGUACGCUGCGAACGCGGCCUACGCAACAGGGGGCGGAGUCCGCGGCGCUUACGAUUCGGCUUAUCCCCCGUUACCGCAACAAAGAGGUUACACGAGCGGAGGCGCAGACCCGGGUCACCGAGAUAUGACACCUGGAAGACGCUACUAAACCGGUUAAUAAUGAUGUGGUUAACGGAAUCCGGCACGAAAUUGAAGCGCUUAAGGGAUGGCCUUAAAGUAUAACAUUUAGUUUGCUCCCCGGUAUAUUGCUGCCGUUCUUUGAUUCCUUUUUCUGCAAUCCUUCAAGUUUAUCUUCAGACACACGCGUCGAACAAUAUAAUCUUAGCAUUGUUCUUUUUCGCGUCACCGUUUCUUGCAACUGUUCAAAUUUAUCUCUAAACAAAAUUGACCUGGCUUUUAAUUUCAAGAAUACAAUCUUAGCAAUGAUGAUCGUUCAUAAACUAUACGGAAGUAUCUCUUUGGCAUGGGUUUUGCUUUGUAGGUACCAUUUUCGUCAGGCCAUUCUUUGAUCUCUUUUUCUGCAAUUCUUCAAGUUAAUCUUGCAAUGAUGAUAGCAUAUAAUUAAACUAAAGUAUCUCUUUGGCAUUGGCCUUUUUUCAUGUCACCGUUUUUUGCAAUUGUUCAAGUUUAUCAUUAAACACAAUUGACAUGGCUCUUAAUUUCAACAAUAUAAUCUUAGCAAUGAUGAUAGUUCAUAAACUAUACUGAAGUAUCUCUUUGGCAUUGGUCUUGCUUUGUAGGUGCCAUUUUCGUCAUGCCAUUCUUUGAUCUCUUUUUCUACAAUUCUUCAAGUUUAUCUUUAAAUAUAUAACAGAAUCAAAGAACAGCCAAUAUUCCAUGGAACAAAGUAUAGGUUACACUUUAACAAAAUUGAACCUACCUUUGCGUGGUGAAACAAAUCACACUGCGCUUACGCCCCCCUUAAAUUAGCGGCCCAACCUUGGCAAUAUUAACCAAACCUCUGUUGUUCAUUUGGUCAUGCAUUAUUUUUUUGUUUCUUCAUUUGUCUUUUGAUCAGCGUACUGUUGUAGUUUACGCAUUGUAUUUUAAGUUUUCUGCCCGACGGCGUUUUUUGGUAGUUUUUAUGUUAAGUCGAAGUCCCCGCGCUCAUACUGUUUUUUGGAUCCGACAGAUUAAAUAAAAACGUGUCCCCAUUUCAGCGGAUUUUUUUUUCCGACCGGCAAUUUUGGGUUUCGGUUUUCGGAUGACAGUGUUUGGUCCCCAUCUAGGGGUAUAUUAAAGGCACAAGUUAUAACUUUUUUUUUUUUUUUUUCGAGAAAUUUAUUGGCCCAAUUUCUUGAAUUUGCAAGUUGAGAUAACUACAUAUCCUGUUAUAAUAUUUUUUUAGAAUUUUUAUUUUAGUCGGCCAAAAUAAUAAAAUUUAAUUCUAACUUUUCUUUUAGCUUUCCGAUUUUUUUUGGUGUUGUUUUAAUUUUUAUUUUUUCAUAAAGUUUCACAUACUUAAAUAUUCGCAUAUCAUUAAGGUAAGGCACACCCUGAUGUAUUAUAUGGAAAAUACAUUAAUCCAUCUCUGAGUAUGGACCUACUAGUUAAAUUAAUAAAUACCCAAGUACAACUGAUUCUGUCUCUCUUACUCCCAAGUAAUAGAAUCGUGAUCGUUAGUGACGGCUGUCUUGCAUUGAUCAGAUAUACAUUUAUUAGGACGGAACAAUGUCUGUUGAAGUAUAAGUGGAAGCAAUCUAUUUUAUUCUGUCAUCACAAAUCGUGCCUACUAUAGUUGCGCUAUUAAAUUUCUCAUAAAACGUAGUCCAAUAAUAGAUAAUAGCAGACAGUCAAUUUGGGAAGCACUGUGCUCGACUAGCGAGAAGGAAAAAGUACCGAUAAAUAAAUGAAACCGCCAUCGCGAAUAAAAGCGAUACCCAAAGGAUGUACCGUGCGUUCAAUUUAUUUUGAUAACAUUUUAAACUGGCGGUAACUGUUUUGUUUUUAAAAAUAUCAAGGUAAAUAAAAAAACAAAAUGUAGGGUUAGUAGCCAAUUUUUUCCCAAGUGACGUAUAAAACAAAACACUAUCAAUUUAAAUGGAACACCUUGUAUAUUAUAUAUGUGUUUAACAGAAUCUCUAAUUCCGAUUACAAAUAUGUAACACACUUUAUAUUUUAGUUCACUCGUUUUUGAAAAAUCGGCAAAAAUAGUAAAUUUUUAUAUAAUUCCAAAGAGUGCCGUGAUUUGCUCCAAGAACAAUAAUUAUUUUUAAAUUAAAAUAGAACUAAAAAUAACAAGACGCGCUAACUAUUCUAAAUACUGCUGUAUGUGACCACCAUUUUCCUGAAUUUUCUUGUAUGAUCUCUUGCAUUUAGUAGCUUUUCCGGAUUAUCUCUAUCCAUUAAAGUUAAGUCGGUUCUGUGGGCUUGUCAAACCAUAGUUCCGCCAUUCCCUAUCCAACCACUGGGAUAUUCCAUGUUAAGAAAAUUUUUAAUUUGCACAACAUUGUCAGGAGGGGCACCGUCUUGCUGCCAUAUAAUUACCGCUGAUAUAUGUAGGGGUGAAUCUUCUAUAUAUUGUUCUAUUUGGUGCCCUAAGUCUUGCAAAUAAUGAUCUCCAGUUAACUUUUGAUCUAUAAAUAUCGGACCCAAAAUAUGGCCAUCUAUGACACCGCACCAUACAUUAAUUGAUUGGUACCCCCGGGUUUUUAUUUCAUGUAUUUGUUUAGGAUUAUUUAUUAUUGUAUUUUGUCUAUUACAACCCUUUCUUGUAGUGAACGAACUUUCACCAGUCCAUGAAAUGUUUUUCAAAAAAUUAUUAUUCUCAUUAUGUCUAUUUAAAAACUCCAAACCUAACUGCAUCCCCCUUUAACAUUGUUCUGCACUUAGUUUUUAAGUUAUAUAUUCUUUCAAAAUUGAGUGGAUUGAUCUCUGAGAAAUACCUGUCUCUUCGUAUACUCUAGCAAUACAGAAAACUGGAUGUACUUCAUAGAAUUCAAAUGUUGAUCUUAUUUUCUUCAUUUAAAACAUUGUUAUUCCGGCAUACAUUUUUAGCAUUUAAUACGUUACCGUUUUAUGCAAAUUUCUUUGCCAGCUGUGGAAAUAUCUGUUUUGAAGGAGUUCGGCGUUUUAGAUAAAGUCUAAUAUGCUGAAGUCUAGCUGCGGUAGCACUUUCAUUAUUUAGAUAGCAUAUCACUCCUUUCACGGAUGCUAAAUUCGCGAAAAACCAUUUUACGAAUAAUGACUUGGACAAUAAUUCAACCAUCAACGUCGUUUACUAAUAUGUCAGUCACAAACAUGUGUUUGUCAUUCGGGGCAGUCUUUGAAAUUAUAUAAAAAUUUCCAAAUUUUGCCGAUUUGUCAAAAACGAGUGGACUUAAUUAUAAAGUGCGUUCGGAAUAAGAUAUUCUAGGUGCAUAUAUCUAGGUAUCUGCAUUACCCAUUUCGAUUAUUCUAAACUUUUUUUAGGGGAACGUGACAAAAUUAUCUUUUUGCUUUGUUAUUUGGAAUUUAGAUAUAACCUUAAAAUCAUGGGAUUUGAAAUCGGUUAUCAAUUACGAGGGCGGCGCCAAAAUUUCCCGGCCUGAAUAUGAAAAAAACAAAGUAGAGUAACAAUUUUUUAUUAUUUUUCAAUAUAAUCCCCCUUAACCACCUCUUCCACAAUCGCAACAAUAUCUUCCGUUAUGACCUCCACUGGUCGACCAGUUCUUGAAUUAUCUUCAAGGGACUCCCGCCCCGUUCGAAAACGUUUUGCCCAUUUUUUCUCUACAGAAUACGAAGGAGAACUUUGGCCGUACCCACCAUCUAGCCUUUCUUUAAUAAUUUUGGGUGGUGACCCUUCUUUUGUUAAAAACUUUAUGACUGCUCUAUACUCAAUUUGCGUUAUUUGCGACAUUUUUUCGGACACGUCUUAUUUAAAAUGCUGUCAAUAAAAAACUGUUUGACACAAGACUUUAAUUUUUUUUUCGCAGCCUACUAAGAUAUAUAUUUAAAAGAAGACAAAGUUUUAUCGUGGUACUGGAGCAGCAUCUAUGUCAGGCCGGGAAAUUUUGGCGCUAACCUCGUAGUUUUCAGAAAUUUUUACUUCUUCGAAAUAAUACUAUAAUUUCACUUGCAACUCGCUAGCCCCUAUUAAUCAGUUAAUUACAUGAUAGGAAAAUAUUAAACUAGGCAAGAAUACGAGCUGCAAAGAAAAAAUCCUUGAGAAUUACACAUGUUACUAAUAGGUGGCGGUGAUGCUCGAAAAUUCGGUUCUUUAAAAAACACCAUGAACCGUAACGACCGCCCAAAACGAAUUGCAAUUUUGAUUUUACCUUCACAACGUCGUUGUCGAUUCGCCGCUUACGCCCCCUAGCGACCCAUCAUAAAAUUUCGUCUGCCAAUAUUUACUGAAAGCGGAUAGAAGAAACGUCAGCACAUCGAGCGGUUUCGCAAAGUUUUGCGCCCUUGCGACCACCGGCGUGACCUGCGAGCCUUUGACCGUUGUAAAGCGGAACGCCGACAUACAUGUACCGUAAGGUCGAGACUACUGCGCACACACGGUGGAUUACGGUUUGCCCGUCUCCGAGCAGUCGCACAUCACACUAGACCCUGUUCUGAAAUAAAAUUUGCUUAAAUGCACUCUUACCACUCUACUCGUAAUAGGAAGGGUGCGGGGAAAAAACCAGACUAGUCACUUUAUUUGCGCCAUAUUAUGUUAACCCUCAAAUCAUUAAUAUUGACAUGUUGACAGAAUAAGAUGUUUCACUUCUAAGGAAAUGUAUGAUUGACUGUGCUUUAAUAUACAUGAUUCCACUUCUUGAGACCCUCGGCCAGCUUCUUCGAGCCAAACGUACAAAUAUCCAGGGUCUGCUUUACCACUGUGAAUUCCAGCAUUAUAUACCCAGAGCUGCCUUUUAUAGAACAGAAUAUUUGUGGGUAUUCAUGGUAAAGGUUUUUUUUUUUUGAAGAUCAUUGGCUUUAGCUUUUUCAAAAUCUUUUUUGCGCAGUGUCCGAGCUCCAUUGGCUAACUUUAAAUGUUGCUAUUUACAAAACUUCUUGAUUCCUAGUGCGUCAACCAGGUGGGUUAAAAGUUUUAUGAUAAAAUCUAUGUAUUUUUAUUCCGUUUUUUUUUUUAAGAAUAAACAUUUUCAAGGUCUUGAGUCGACAUUGACAUGGGGAAUAAAGAGGUAUUAAUUAUUGAGCAGAUUACCCGUUUAUCUAAUUUUUUUCAUAUACAGGAAGCUUUUUGCAUAACAGGGCCCAUUUGCAAACUGGGUAAAUACCAUUUUAAUAUUCAACACGAAAUAUUUUUCUUCUAAAAUUAUAAAUAAAUCAAAUGUUUCCGGAAAACUAAAGUUACUAUAUACCAAAAUUUAUGAUUAUAGUACUAAAGAUUAAACAAAAACUUUUUAACGAAUUUGUUCCCAAUAAAACAAACGAGGUUCGUGUUUUCUAGAGAAGAAAAUGGCUACCAGUCAGGUCACAUUCAAAUAGAAGUGUCAUCUUGUAGGAAAUGUAUUUUUAAUUUUUCUUGAAUAUUUUGCAUGCAUUUUGUCAAUAAUAAAACCGACAAAUCCAAAAAUGACAAAAUUUUUGCAGAGUCGCAGAAGACUUCAAUGUCGUCUUCUAAGUAAAUGAAAUGAAAGAGAAGAGAAGCCACUUAAUUUAAUCCUUUUUUAACGAUUCCCUUGUGAUAGGUAUAAAAUAUCGACUAACCAGAAGAAAGGACAUGAACGUUAAAAGUAUAUAUAGAUAACUGCGGUUUAUAAUACAGGUCAUUUAUAACAAUUUUCGGGAUGUUUUGCAAAAUCAACCUUUCUCUUAUACAGAUUUUUUAUUGCAGUUAAUUGCAGUGAUUUUAUUAUUGCAAGUUUUUUAGAAGAGGGAUACUUUAAGUAUUUAAGAUUUGCUUUUUGUGGCUGAAAUUGCCACGCCGCAAAACUGAAUAGUAGUUGCACAAGGAGGGUUUGGACGAACAUAACCUCAAAAUAUUGUUUGUAUUGUAUUUUGAGGUUAUGUUCGUCCAAACACCCUUUAUGUAAUUGCUCUGAAUCCGGGCAAGGUCGAGUGUGCUAUACGGUGGCUCGGAUCCUAUCGGUAAACCGAAUUUUUCCGGUCUGCGUUCGGCAGGAGCGUCGACGUCCACUUUUCGUUAACUAUCGUGCGAAGUCCACUUGCACCGAGAGCACUUGUAUCGGACGUUUGUGCGGAAUAACGCAGACCGUACAAGAUAAGUGGCCUUUGCGAAGCUUUGCGGACCCCGCACUAUUGCGUAUUUUAUCGGCGCCCCACCGGUUGCGUUCGAAGAAGAAAAUUAAGCGCCCCCUCUCGUCCUGAAGGUAUGUUUAACAUUACUUACAAAGAGAAACGGUUAAACGGCUCAAACAAUAACGUUUCCUUCCGUACGUGUUCGCUUUUUUCUUUUUUUAUCGAUUCAAGGAGACCGCCGUAGACAAUAUAAGGAGCGCGUCGACACUUUUCUCAAAAUAAAUAAAAACUAAAAGUUCAGAUUUUCACUAAAUUAUAUAUUUUCACAUGACAUUUGUUUCGACAACACCGUGCCUUUAUCAAAUGACAUUUGAUUGUCGAAACAAUUGUCUUGUAAAAGUAUAUAAUUUCGUGAAAAUCAAAACUUUUAGUUUUGAUUUAUUUUGAUAAAUGGAUUUUCAUCAAGUAAAAGCUACCUCAGUUCAAUGAGAGAUUUUCUUGUGACACGAGUAUCACCGGGAUAUCGAUUUUGCCAUCGCAGCGAAGAAUUUCAACGUCGAAUGGAGAAAUUUGAUAGGUUAUGUCAAAACGAUGCCAAUUUGAAACCAGCAACAAGAAUACUUAGGCAAAAUUCGCAUAGAGCUGAAAAUUGGCUGGGACGUUAAAGAAACCAUUAUACGUGAAAUGUUAAAAAUCCCCUUCGAUUCGACUUGUGCAAAAAAUUUUAUUCAUAUUUUUUUGUAUAUUUAUAUAAAAUAUAAAAUUCCAGUUAAACGGAAACCAAAAGCUAAGCGCACACAAAUCCGAAUUUGGACAAUACAUGGCGUCUUAAAAGUAUUAUGGAGUUUUGUACAUGACUGGGAUAACAUUCUCUCAACAUGAAGUUGCCACAAUUUCUUGUAUUGUAAGAGGAUCUCUGAAAUAGGUAACUAUUUUGAACAAUCUGCAAUUGCUCUAAUUUAUAAUUAGGCAAAUUGGAAGCAGCUAGGCUGUCAUACAAUAAGAUUUUGGCGUUAAUUGACAAAUUAUUCCCUAUUUUAGAUAUAAAAUUAAUCUUUUUAGAAAAUUCAUUCAUUAUGUAAUCGGCAUGUGUAUGAAACGUCAGAUUUGAGUCAAAUAUAACACCCAGAUAUUUAAUUUGUUUUUGAUGAAUUAAUUUUUUUUUGUUAAUAUAAAUGUUUACGUCGAAAUUUAAUUUAAUGAAUUUAUGUCGUUUACCAAAAAUACAAAAUUUUGACAAAGAUUAUUAUUGCACAGCUAUUCAAAAGCAUUCUUCAGAUUAGCAUUCAUUUUUCUUUGCAUUUCAUCCACAUUUUCACCCGCAAUAAAAAUCAUAGAGUGAUCCGCAAAUGAUACCGCUUUAAUAUCAUCUAAAAUAUCUGCAAUAUCGUUAAUACACAUAAGAAACAACAAUGGUCCCAAAACUGUCCCCUGAGGAACACCAUGUUCCAAGGCCCUCAAGAAAUCAUCACAGACAUCAUAACAACGACAGGUUCGCGUGAAUGUUUGGAGCGAAAGCCCAACCACACCACAAUAACUUUGCGGCUGCCGUUUCACCACCACCUCAAGAACCUUCUCAUAACCUGGAACGAUAUUAAGUGUCCUAAAUUCUUGACAUAGACUGGUGUUGGGAACCUUCUUCUUCGUCAGACAAAAGAUCAUACAAUUCUUUACAAAAAUUGUUCAGGCAUUUUUUUUCUCACUACUCACCGUUCGCGCGAUAUCGGGGUUUCCGCUAUUAGGAAUUUUAUAUUUUACAUAAUAUGCACACAUUUCCGCACCACCUGUGAGGUAAUAUGCUUGACGCAUUUAUUUGAUGCAUUUAUCGUUAAACGUUAGAAACGCUUACGUCAAUGUUAGAGAGUUUUUAACCUCAAUUCGGUUGGUUUUUGUUUGGACAGUGACCUUUCGAAAGUGGAAAGGUGUUUCUAUAUAUUACUAUUCCACAGGCUUAUCCUGUAGAUAACGACAAAUUUAAAUUAAGAACAAAACACAACAUAAACAAUUAAAAAUUCUGCCUAAAACCCUUAAGUUGUAUAUCAUAUCAUAAAUUUCCCCUGCUACAUAUAGCAGAAAAUGACGUUAAUAAAUUUUUAAAGGAAUUGCUACAUAAUUUAGAUAAAAUACAAAAGCCUAACCUAUCUAAUAUAAAAAGUUUAAAGCCUAAAUAUUUUCUCCCCUUUCCUUUUUUUAUAUAAUUAUGUUAAAAUUAUGCCUUCGUCUAGGAGAUUCUAAAAACGGGCGUGCAAAAAUGUGUAACAUCUUUGGCCUAUUUCUUUUUUACACGUAUUUGUUAUCGCAUUUUCCUUUUCUCGAUUACUUUGUAGAUCGGUUUUAUUUUUGAAAAUAUUUAAAACUGCCGUUUCGUAAUCUGUAGUACGGAACAAUAAUUUUUAGUUUUUGGGAAAAAUAUUUUUGCACAAUUUCCAAUUCUUUUCUUCCCAUCCCAAAAUACCAUGUUAUAAACGUGACUUCGCUAAUGCAUAGUAAAGUGUAAACUUAGUGGUUUGCAUUGCCAAGUGUCAUUAUUUUCUCCCACCUUACGCGGUUACCAUGGCAACCAUUAAACAGUCUCUUACAUUCCUUUACUUCUUGCCGUCUCGGAAUAUGAAUAGCCAGUUUGUUUUUACGUUGCUUUAUUUAAUCAAUUUCGUUAUCUUAUUAUAGUGUCUUGCUUAGGAAAUAAUAAAGAACUCUCUGAAAGUAACACUCAUGCCCUACCAAUUUUUGCCGAAAAAUCGAUAUUCUGGUGGUAUUUUUUCUGACAAAACCGAUCAGCUUUCUCCUCUAUCGACCACUUUUUGUUUCGGAAAACCUAAAGAAUCCGCGUAAUAAUUGCUUUGCCCGUCGUUUUUGUUUAAAUAAAAAAAAUGCGUUGCGUCUUAGGCGUGCACACGAGUGCGGCGGUUCUCUAAACAAAUACCGCGUUUGCGUGCGGACUAAAUAAAUAAAGUACAUAGCAAGACGUCCCGUUCCAAAUUUGUUUUUCCUCUGUUUAAGUCGUACGCGGUCUCUUUGUUGUCUACGGAUAUCUUUUAUGGCCGAUCACAGACUAACGAAUGUUUUUCUUC